GGACUCUCACUCCGAUCUAUGAGCUCGCCGUCGAAGAAGGUAUAUCUGCCGCUCGCCAAGCUCGAGAACUGCGCAAAAUGUGGAUCUACGAAGAAUCCACGUUUGUGUGCUGCCUGCAACGAGCGCACGUAUUGCUCCCCCACUUGCCAAAAAGAAGACUGGCCGGUGCAUAAGACUGCCUGUGGCAAGACGGACAAACUUCAGCUAGAUGUCUUCUAUCCGUUCAUCGCAGCCCUCGCCGAUUCGGCGCAUGUUCAUAACGCCAAGCCACAGCAUCCGGCCUUGAGACGAGUCAUUAUCAACGCACCAAACCCAGACACCCGCCCCGUUGGCUUUCCAGACGGGUCCGCUGCACGGCUUGUGAUGUUGGGAGAGAAGCUUGAGCACGAUUCGCUGAUAGGCUCCCGGACGUGGUUUCCCAUGGCCCUCACGGACAAGACGCGGAGCAAGCUGUUCCGUCGAAUUUCGCGUGAGGGACAGGUGCUGCCUAUUCUCAUGGCGAUCUGCCUUACGUUGCUCACGGAAAUCUACACCACAACAGCGGGCCCGGGUUCAGGGGACUCUGGGCCGCGUAGGAGGCUACGUCUGGCCUACAAGUCGUCGCCGAUUGCGGAUUUCGGCAUCGUUUCUGGCGCGGCAGACGUAAAAAACCAGGAUAAACUCGCGUAUUGGGAUGUCGCUGACCCAGAUAUGCCGCUUUUCAAAGGCCAAGACCCAAACGACCACUACUGGCUGUAUUUCACGACCACACGCGGAGAGACGGUGACUAUCGACUGCGCGAUGUUUACCUUCAACAUGUGUCUAUGCGCCAAUGUCGAGCCUUACCUGACGCAGUACACACCAGGACUACUAUUCGCCCCGGUAUAUUAUCAUGAACGCAAGAUGGAGGAGACAACUCCAGGUUUAUAUACCGAACGAACGAGGGUUUCCGUUUUGCGUAACACAGACCUUCACCGUGUGGUAGAGCGCUCGCUGAGUGGGUACAACGACCCAGAAAUCGACCUCGUCCGCGACUUUAUGCAGAAUCUAGCGCGGAGAGAGAUAUUGGAGGAAGAGAUUGACUUUUUGUUUCCGCUUGUUAUUGUGCAGCGCUUGGCUCUGGCUACGGUGAUUAAGCAGCGCGCAUGGGAGGGGUGGCCGAAGCAAGGACCGGUGAUUGGUAUUGAACAGGACCCGGGAGAGUUUGUGGACAACGGGCUGGACGAUGACGAGGGGUGGGCCAAGUACUUGAGGAAGUUCAAGAAGAGCAAGAAGGCUGGUGCGGGGAAGGAGGAGCUGAAUGAGGCAUUUAGGAAGUGGCAAAGAAAGCAUAUGAAGAAAGGCCAGUGA